AAGAGGGACGUGCCGCUAUUCGGUCGGUCGUUUGCGAGUGUCACGCUAAUCGGUUCAAACGGAUCAUGUCGUCGUCGACAAUCGCGACGUUGAUUUGCUCGGCGGAGUGACACAAUCGUGAAGUGGAAGAAGCUUUGUCAACAUCUCGCCUCUGUCGGUUUAGGAGUGUAGCAGUGCUGCGGGCUACUGUCGUUUGCUUCGGGUUUUUCGCGAGACUGAUUUGAGGAGGGCGAUGACUGUAUAGAAUUGGUGAGCUGUGGAUCGAUGCCGUUCAGGAGCCUGUUCAGGACUGUGUUCGGAAAUCCGCCUUUUGGCUGAGGAGCACGAGAGGCUUGUUUUCGCCGUGUCACCAGCACACCAUGACCGCGGCGUACGCCACCCGAACCCUGGGGCGAGGAGUUGGCGACACACGAACGAUGGAUAUCCAUUCUGAGUACGCAGAUGCGGUAACAGCAAAUGAGGCACCCAGCAAGAUAAAGGCGAGACUGUCAGCUUUAUCCGUGUUUGCCGAGUCCCAAGGCUUGACAGGGCAGGCAGCAUUUGAUGGCCUUCGGAGUUUAUGCUCUCAACUCCAAACUGAGCUUAUGGACACGCGGAAUUUCUCAAUAUUUUACGGUUUUGUUUUCUUCAUGUGCCGAGAGCUUGGUCAAAAGAGCAUCUCUGUUAGUACCGCUGUCAAAGCGUGGAGAUUGGCGUUGACGGGACGUUUCAGAUUACUUGAUCAAUGGUGUGCUUUUGUCCAGAUACAUCAGCGACAUGCUAUAUCAGAAGACACUUGGAGACAAGUUCUUGAAUUUAGCCGUAGCGUACAUGAAGAUCUUAGCAACUACGACCCAGAGGGUGCUUGGCCAGUACUGGUGGACGAAUUUGUCGACAAUAUGUACAGGAAGAAUGCCUGUUCUCGUUGCAGUAAGGAUCCCCACCGUGUUUGUAGUUGCGGAGUAGAUGCUUUGCCGAUGUUGAACACAGAUGACUCUUCAGGGUCGUCUUUGCUUUGCCGAGUUAAUACAUUGCCCGGUAUGACAGCGCAGGCUGGAAGCAAAAGGCGGUGGAAAGACCCUACUGAGGAGGCCGCCCAAGCAGAAUCAGUGAACUGCCUUUCUCAAAGGUUAGCGAAAAUGCCCAGUCCCCUGGGCACGAAGCGUAUUCGGACAAGUGGAAGUAUUCCAUUGGAAGUAUUCCAUCCCAUGGAAGAUGCUGAUGGUAGUGUGCAGGAGGAACGAGGUACUUGGGAGCAACGUGAUAGAGGCAAUGUUUCGGAUCAACUCGCCCACGGAUCGAAUAUGGCUCAGGAUCUACCAUCUCAUACGAGCACGGGUCGCUAUGAUAUCUUCAUGUCUCCUUCAUGGCAGCCAUGGCCAAGUCAGAGCAGAACUGAAAACCGUCGUUGGGGUCAGUUUCAUGGGUCUUCUAAUAUCCAAAAGGCAGAAAAACCUACCGCUUGUGGAGGUUAUUCUGCAGUCAUGAGUCUGCAACAAGAUCUGGUUUUGCAUCAGUGAUGCACGGCACAUUGUUUUCCCAUAGGUUGUAAACAUGAUAGAUUCUGUCUGGUUCAGGAGAGUAUUCUGACGAUGUUGACCCUGUUGCGCCUCAUACAAUUUUUUCCUAUACUUGGGAUUUUCAUGAUUGUCGUGAUUCUUUGUCAAUAAAGAUUUGUAGAUGAUUUUUUCGUGACC